AUGUACGAAGUGUUAAUGGAAAAAGGCUUGAGACUCGUUUGGUUUAAAAAUCGAAGAGCGAAGCAUCGAAAAUAUUAUAAUAAAUCAAAAAUUCCGGAAAAUAAAAUACAAAAUAAAAAAUAUCAAUCGACGAAAAAUAAUAGUCAAAGCGAAGAAAACGUCGGGAAUUUACUUAUUGAAAGGCCCAACGUAACCACUUCAGAAAUAAAUGAUUCUAAUAAUUACGGAGAAGUGUUCCCGUUAGAUCCAAACAUGAAUUACAUUAACUCUUGCACCGAUAUGAUGUCAACAAAAUCCAUUCAUCCUUUAUGUCCGGGUUGUCCUUGUCCUUCAACGUCCUUCUAUUCCAUUUCUCAUCCUUCCUGGUCCUACUUUCAUCGAAGUCCUCAAGAUUUCUGUUAUCAGUCGAACUUGUUAUUGGCUAUGAAACCAUUUCUUUAUCAAGAUACCAUGACGUAACAAGUAAAUGCUUGGUUCAAGUU